AUGACUACACAUCCAGACAUUGCAGCAGCCAAGUCAAUUUUCUGCAGCUGUGUAAGUAAACCAUGUCAAACAGACUGGAAUUCAAUAAAAAAACGUAUGAGGUAUAUUAAAGACACAAAAGGCUUGAGCUUAAAGUUGUCAGCAGUCCGUGACUUAAACCUCAAAGGAUAUGUGGACUCUGACUGGGUGGGUGAUCUUAACACAUGCAAAUCUACAAGUGGUUACCUGUUCAAAUUAGAAAACAGUUCUAUAUCCUGGUCCAGCAAGAAACAGAUCUCAAUGAUGUUGUCUUCUACAGAGGCAGAAUAUAUCUCUUUUCCCUAUGCCAGUUACAAAGCCAUCUGGUUGCGUCAGUUACAUGAAGAUCUUGGAGAACCAGUAUCCCAGCCUAUGGUCUUAUAUGAGGACAAUCAGCGAUACAUUAAGCUUGCAACCAGUCAGAAGAUCAAUGCAAGAACUGACCAUAUUGAUGUCAGACACCAUUGCAUUCAUGAUUAG